AUGGCUUUGGCCGCUGCUGCCAGCACGCGGGAUUGGGAUGAGGUCCUUCGACUUCUAGACAUUGGAAAGGCUGAUGUCAAUCAGCCUGACAGGUCUGGGAUGACUUGCCUCAUGUGGACCUGUCAAUGGGACAAUGUGAAGAUUGCCCGGCGUUUGCUGGACGCGAAAGCCUUGGUGAACGCUGCUAGCAAGCACGGCGUGACGCCCUUGAUGUUCGCUGCGGACGGCAACGCGCAAGAGAUUGUCAAGCUGCUCCUGGAAAACCAGGCUAGCGCUGAGGCAUUUUCCAAGCAUGGGAUGUGCGCCCUUCUCCUGGCAGCCAGGAGUGGUGCAGCGAAGACACUGAAGGUGCUUCUGGAGGGGGCGGCGGAUGUGAACGUCCAGAUGCGUAGUGGCAUGACUGGGUUGAUGUGCGCAGCGGAGGAGAACCACACGGAUGCAGUGCAGGUGCUCUUGAAGUACAAGGCUGACGUGAAUCUUCAGGACCGAGAUGGACAGAGCGCAAUGAUCUACGCGACCAAGAAGAAUGCCACGAUCCGCCCGCGCCACAACUACGCUGCCAUGGUGGACUACAUCAACAAGGUUUCGCACCUACCAUCCGUCAUGGACCUGCUGCUGGAAGCGCAGGCGGAUUUGGAGCUGGUGGACAAACACGGUAACAGGGCUGUGGACUACGCAGGAGCCAAAGCCCAUCACUUGUUGGUGGCCUGGCAGAACGCGGCGGAGUGGAAGAGACGUGAGGAGCUGGAGGGAGAAGCACAGCUCGCAGAGCUAACAGAGCUGCCGGAGGAGUCUGGAGAAGAGGAUUAG